AUACGAAAAGAGAACGAAUGCAAUUAGAAAAUUCCUUGGGGGAUAAUAGACCUUUGGCUCCUGUGGUGUUUUGUAUUAUUUCUAGGGAAAGGCCUUUGUAAAUGGACUUGGGGAACUACAGCACCAUCACGGAGUUUAUCCUCCUCGGGCUCUCUGCCAAUCCCCACGUCCAGGCUGCACUCUUUGUGCUCUUCCUGGGGAUUUACCUGCUGACCAUCAUGGGGAACCUGAUGCUGCUGCUGGUGAUCAGGAUUGAUUUUCACCUGCACACACCCAUGUACUUCUUCCUGAGUCACCUCUCUUUUGUCGAUAUCUGCUUCUCUUCGGUCACUGUGCCCAAGAUGCUGGAGAACCUUCUGUCUCAAAAGAAAACAAUAUCAGUAGAGGGCUGCCUUGCUCAAGUCUUCUUUGUGUUUGUUGCUGCAGGAACUGAAGCCUGUCUGCUUUCUGCAAUGGCCUAUGACCGCUAUGCUGCCAUCUGCCACCCUCUGCUGUAUGGACAGAUCAUGAGUAAACAGCUGUAUAUGCAGCUUGUGUGGGGCUCGUGGGGACUGGGCUUUCUGGAUGCACUCAUCAACAUCUUCCUAGCUGUGAAGAUGGUCUUCUGCAAGGCCCAAAUCAUCCCCCACUACAGCUGUGAAAUGCACUCUCUCCUCUCACUGUCCUGUUCCGAUAUCUCCAGCAACCUCAUUGCCUUGCUCUGCUCCACUCUUCUACAUGGACUCGGAACCUUCCUUUUGGUCUUCUUAUCCUACACCCGUAUAAUCGCCACCAUCCUGAGCAUCAGCUCCACCUUAGGCAGAAGUAAGGCCUUUUCCACCUGCUCCUCCCACCUCAUCGCAGUGACCCUUUACUAUGGCUCAGGUUUGCUCCGCCAUCUAAUGCCAAAUUCAGGUGCGCCCCUUGAGCUGAUCUUUUCUGUGCAGUAUACUGUAGUCACUCCCAUGCUGAAUCCUCUCAUCUAUAGCCUGAAGAACAAGGAGGUGAAGGCAGCUCUGGCAAGAACUUUGGAAAAGUAUUUGCAACAUAUCAGGUGCUGAAAUGAAAACAGAGCAUGGUGGAGAACUGGAACAUAUCUGCAUACAAAAGGAUAUUAAGUGAGUUUACAAUAGUAAGCUGUACUCCUAACUACUUACAAUGUCAGAUGCCGCAACCUAAAUUAGAAGUGCAUGUGAUAAUGACACAAAGUAAUUAUAGGAAGGAUGGUCCAA